UUCAGUCAGUCGAUCUGAAGCACUACAAUCGUUCGAAACAUUGUUGAUCUCAAUUCCGGCGUUGAAACCACUUGUAUUGUGAUCAUUAAACGAGGAGAAGUAAAAAAAAUAAUAAUCGUGAAAUAAGAAAGUGAUUCUGAAAAUCAGAAAGUGUUUUUAUAAAUCUCAAAGAAAAUACAAAAGAAGAACCAUCAUGUCGUUCUUAAUUGCAAUUUUCAUAUCAAUAUUGAUUACUGUUAAUGCACAACGAUCACCGUAUGCAGGAGUAAAUCGAGGAUCUGGCUACAAAGAUCGAUAUGUACCAACGACAGCUGUUAAUGACAUUGAAAAUCGUUUGGGAGAAGGCACAUCUGGUUCAACUAGUACAACUCAACGUUUACCAUACGAUGCAUAUGGUGAUGGGUAUAUUGUAAAUCACUGGAAUAGUUUGCCAGUCGAACAAAGACCGUUCUGGAUUGUGAACCAACAACAGAUCGAAGCACAACGAGGAACACCACCACCAUCCACAGUUUCCAAUAUUGGUACAAUGGCUACCAGACCAAGCACAAAUCCAACUGACUUUGUUAACCGUUUUGGUGUAUCUGGUGAUCAGCAACAACAAAACACUAUGGGCAUUUCAAAUGCUCAAUUCCAUGAAGUUGUGUAUCCAAGCAAUAUCACACCCGAACAACAGCUCAACAUGGAAAUUCAAUUAUUGCAACAACGUCUUGACAGUUUAAUCCAACGUCGUAAUCAAAAUCAAAAUCAAAAUCUUCAACCACAAAUGCAACAACAACAACAACAACUAAUGCAACAGCAACAACAACUAAUACAACAACAACAACAACGACGACAGUUUCCAUCGCAGCGAAGUUUUUAAACUCUUUCUUUAAACCCAAUGACAAUGACCGAAACGAAUUACGUAUUAUAAUUAUAUAUCUUUAAAAUUCGUGAUUUACAAAUAAUUGUAUCUAGCUUUACUUUCCUAUAUAAUUUAAGCAAAACGUUCGAAUGUACCUCCCUAUGACUUACUGUUAUUGAUUUGAACUAUUUAUAUUUAAAAAAAAAAAACACUUUAAAGCUCUAAACUUUGGAAUUCCUUA